AUGAACACCAAUUAAGCAUUUGGUUUGAGCAACAAGAAAAGUGGCUGCAUAUCAUUGUUUAUGAGCAGAGCAAAAUAAUUAAUCUAUACAAUUGCACUUCAAUAACUUGGUGGAGAACAAUAACCAAUAAUAAUAAAUUGCUUUGUCAUCCUUAUUCAAUAUUUCUAGUUAGCAUCUCUAUUGUUUGGUCAAAAUUUUUUGAGAAUUUGGAAAAAUUAUCAUGUUUCACAAGGAAUCCACGAUUUUCUAUAGUAUUUUCUUAUUUCUCCUUAUACAUUAACAUUUGAUUAUUCGUCUCUUUUGAUUAUGCAUUAUGUCUGUGUAGGGGUUUUUGUGGUUAUGACGAUGUUAGCCUGUUUCAUAGGUUUUAAUAUAAAGAAAAGGAAGGAGGAAAAUAGUUGGAUACUAUUGAUAUUGAAGAUUAUAAUAAAUUUGUUCCUUUCAAUUUUAUUUCUUCCAUUCAUCGAUAUAUUCAUAUCAAUUAUAGAUUGCUAGGAUGAUGGAUAUGGAAAUUAAGUACAUUAUUAUUUUACAAAUUAAUAAUGUUGGGUAGGGGCACAUAUACUUCAUGGAAUUAUCGCCAUUAUUAUACUUUUAAUCUUUUAUGGAUUUUGUAUGAUUUUAGGAGGAAUUUAUUAUGAAUUGAAAUUUAUCCCUGAUUAAGCCAACUCAUAAUAAAAUGGAAAGAUUUCAGGAUAUUUAUACACCUAUCUAUUGAUAGUGGUAAUUCUAAUAAGACUUAUAAAAGAUUAAAAAUAUUAGUAUUUGGAAAUAAUAAUAAUAUUGAUAGGUAGUUUAAUAUUAUUAAAGAAAUUUCAUAUGGAUUAACCCUAUAACUCUAUGAUCAUACAAAAGUGUUGGUCAAUUACAGUUGGAUUGAAUUUUUGGGGAAUCCUGCUACUAUGCUGUGCAAAGAUUCUGGAGUAACGUUAUUUUAAUGGGAUUAUAUACACUUUUCUUGUUGGAUUACCAAUACUUGCAGUUUCAAUAUUAAGAAUAGAAAAAUAGAAUUUUGAUCUCCUUUUAAUAAACCAUUCAAAGGUCAAAUAAGUGGAGGAUAUUAUCAAUUAGACCAAUUAUUUAGUGAAAUUACUAAAUUUAAUUAAAUUUGAAGAUAAUACUUAAAUAAUCAUUGAUGCCUUUUUAGAAAUCCAUAAAGGCACAUGUGUUUAAAGUGAUUGUUAUUUGAAAGUGAAGAAUUAAGCAAAUAUAAAAUUAAGUAAUGCUUUACUUAGGGAUUCAUCUUUAACUGAAAGAGAGGUCGAUUUAAUUUGUGUUUUAGGAUAGAUUUAUAAUAGUUAGAUCAAAAGAUUCCCAGAAUCAAUUCAAUUGAGAAUCCAAUAUGCCUACCAUUUAUCAGAUUAUAUGAGAUAAUUACAGUAGGCUUACAAUGAAUUAAAGCAAGUUGAAUAUAUGAAUUUAUAAUUUGAUGAGGAAUUCAUAAUCAUGAGAAAAAGGUCUUAAAUUUAAGAACAAUUAGAUACAUUUUAGAAUGAAAACUUCGGGAAGGUUGACACAGAAACUGAGAUCACAUUUCAGAAUAAUUAUCGAUAACUUCAAUAAUUAAUUGAAGAGACAACCCUGAUCUAAAUGGAUUUUUGGUCUUUAUUACAAGAAGAUUUCCCAGAUUUUCAGAAACUCUAUAAAAAUGGCUAAAAUGUAAGUAAACUACUUCUUUAAAUUGAGUAAUUGUGGUUCAAAAUCGAAAAAACAGCUUAGAACCUAUCAAAAGCCUUAAGACUCUAUGGAACUUUUAUAAAAGAGGUUAUCUAAGAUGAAGAAUAUGGUGAUGAAAUGUUAAAACAAUCCGUCCUUAAUUCACUGUAAUAUUAAUAAAGUAAAAAGUAAGUUGUUACUUUCAUAUCUGGAGAAGAUAUUGGAUUCGAACCAUAAGCUACUGUGAUUGUAUCAACUUCAGUAGAAAAGUUUGCUUAAGUGAUAACUCUGAAUCAGUCAUGUUGUAGAUUGAUUGGCUAUACGAGAUAAGAAAUAAUAAACAGAAAGAUCAAUCUAUUUAUGCCAAAUUUAUAUACAAAAUUUCAUGAUCAUUACAUGGAAAGAUUUUUAAUUACAAGCGAUAUAAAGAAUAUCAAUAAGGAGAGAUUCAUCUUUUUAAAGGAUAAAUAAAAUUAUCUAAUUCCUUGUUAAAUUGUUUUGCGAAUAUUGCAUACACUAGAAGAAAAUGUAAAUCUAGCAGCUCAAUUUAUAACCAUUAAAUCAUUUAAACCAACUUGUUAUUUUAUUUUGGAUAAUGAAUACGUCAUCGAUUCUAUGUCUGCAUCUGUAUUUUCAUUCUUUGGGAUUGAAAACAGACAUUUAACACAAAAAAAGGCAUAUUUUUAGUAAUUAUUCCCAGAUUUCUUUGAUGAGUUGGAGACUUGUAAAACCAAAUUUGGAGGUCGUCUCAAAUAUUUCCCUGAUAAUCUCAAAAGAACAGUCCAUUAAUCUCUUUCGAGUAUAAAUGCAUUAGAAAAAGAACUUGAGUUUAAUUGCAUAUUAAGAGAAAUUAUGAAUGCAUCAGUUAAUGAAAUAACAGGAUAUUAUGUAAAGCUAGAAUUAAUUAAUGAGACCUAGUAAUAAUAACGGUUAGCAUCUGUUAAAAAAAUAGGGGUAAGGAAUUUAUAAUUUAAAUAUAUGAUCAAUGAAUAGAUUUAUCUAGGGGAUUUCAUUCUAGAAGAAAAUUCAAAAUUAUCAAAUAGUAUUCAAUCAAAUUCAGUGGAUCAUUCCUUUGAAUCUUAGAAUAAUCAUCAUAAUGAACAUACACAUAAGGAGUCUAGUAGACGUAGAUCAACAAGGUUUGGAGACAGAUUCUAAGUAAUGAUAGAUUAUUCAGAAAAUAUUAGAACUUUAAGAUUAUUUGAUAAUAAACUCCAAGAAGUAGAGGAUGAGGAAAGUUAACUUUCUGAUGAGGAUGAAAGAGAAAGUGUCUUUUAAGAUUAGAUUGAAAUUAAAUCAAGUUAAUCAUAGCUCUAUGAAUUUGAUAACAAUAUAUUUCAUUCUAGGAAGAAAUUAUAGAAAAUCAUUGCUUCCUCAAAUACACCAAAGGCCAUAAUCAGAGUUACAUGGAUUGCUAAUAUUAUUGCCCUUAUCAUACUAACAUUGUCUAUUAUUGAUUAUUCUAUAUCGAAUUCACAAUCAGAUCAAAUUUAUGAUACAAUCCUUUUAACAAAUCAAGGGAAUAUUCGAAAUAGUGAAUUAGGUAUCAUAUUAAGUUCAGUCUUAAAUUUGUAGCUCUUAAGCAGAAAUGUUUUCAAUAUGAAUAAAACAUAAGCUACUUAGUAUGAAUAACAAUAGAAAUAAUUCAUUAAUGAUUCAAUUUCGAUGAUUAAUGAUAUCAAUUAGCAAAUUCUACUAUUGGUAGACAGUAUGACUUCUUCAGCCUUUGAAUUUGAAUACAACUUGAUUAAUAUCAAAAUUAAAUAGAAUUAAGAAACUAUUCAAUUAUAUAACCUAAAUUAAGCUAUCCAAUAAAUUCUGAGUAAGUCAUUAAUACUAAAAGAUAAGAAUUUAGAUGUUUCAUUUGUAAAUUAUAACUUACUAAAUGAUAUAUAUUAGUCUUUAAAAUAAUCUUCCAAUUAUUUUAUUGACAAUCUCAUUACAAAUGCCUCCAAAAAGUAUACAGCCAUUCUAUUACUGUUAUUAAUAUCAAUCUCAACAAUUAGUAUUGGUAUUUUACUUAUCGUGAUUGCAAUGUUAUCGGUUUCAAAGUCUUAAACUGAAAUUUUACAAUUAUUUUUGAAUUUACCAGACAAGACUAUUAGAUAUUUGUAUAGAUAAAGUGAAAAUUUCUUAUCAAAUCUGUAAAUAGGGGAAGAUGGGGAUCUCACUUCUGAAAAUGAUAGCAAUUAAGAUCAAGAGGAGAAACAUGAUCAUAAACAAUUACAAAAUACUUUAAAAACAAAAAGAACAAAAAAGAAAUUUAAAAAUAAUAAUGGUGAAGAUAAUUAUCAUAUCUAUGCAAUCAUUAUUACAAUGCUCUUAAUUUAAUUUUAUUUCAUUUUAGCCUUCAUCUUUAGUAAAACAUAGGUCGAUUAAAUUGAAAUAGUUUGUUCUGAAUUCAAUUUAACAGCAAGAAGUGAAUCCUACUUUCGCUUUUCAGAAAUAAGUUAAAAGUCCUUGUUUUAUUCAAGAAAUAUGAAUAUUUUGAAUUCUGAUCCUUACGACCACGUGAUGCAGAACAUUGAUGAAUUAUUCAACCAUGAUUCCAUUUUUUAAGAAUAUCAUUCUCAAAACAUUGAAUUACUUGAUUCAGCCUAUAUUGAUGCUUUUACCUCUUUAUAUGUAUAUAAUCCUUGUGAUAUACUAAAUGAUUAAGACUAAUAGAUCGAUAUUGAUAUCUGUAAUUAAUUUAUGGACAAAGCAUUCUCAUAGGGUCUUAAUGUAGGAUUACCAAGAUUCAUAGAAAACCAAAGGUAUUUGAUGACUAUCUAUAAUUAAUUCUAUGGUAAUCCAUCAGCAAAUUUUACUCUCUUGGCUCGUGGAUUCACGAGUUUUAGAAAUAUUACCAAAACAAGUGACAAUAGUACCAAUUUUAUACUUAAUUUAAACAACUUUGUAUAAGCUUAAGAGAAUAGAGAAGUCCAGCAUUUGUAUUUUAAAAGUGCAUUUAGAUAUUUAACAAAUAAAUUUAUCCUAGGAUUCAAGAAUGAUUUAAAUACUUUAAAAUUACAAAGACUGGCUAUUUUUAUAGUAUUUUUAAUAUUCUUAAUUGUGAUUUAUUUUUUAUUUUGGCUUCCUUUGAAUUUAACUCUUACUAAGAAUAUGCUUGAUGCAAGAACGAUGAUAUUGAUGAUCCCUUUGAGAAUCAUUCAAAGAAUCAAAUAAUUGAAAGAUUACAUAAGAUAUAAUAUUCAAGAAGUAGGUUAGGAUGUUUGA